ACACUUGUUCUCAAAACGAAGUGUGGUCAGACCCAUCGCGUCCCCUUCAUUGGAACCACGGGCGACACUCCUCCCGACCUACCUCCCCGGGACCCUCGUCCCUCAGGCUCUCACCCCGACAUCGCCUUCACUUCCCCUCGUCAGUUUGCUAACUUCAUACGACAGGAGGACGUCAUGUUCUACUCAGUGACCGUCAUGGAUCUUUUUCGCUAUGAUCCACUUUGUCCUGAGGUUGAGCUCAUCUUUUUGGAGCCCGAUCCCCCUGACCCUUCCUCCAUCUUUGCGGCUCCCAUCUCUACGUCCACCUGUCAGCCUGCGGAUACCCCGUCUACGUCCCAGGCUUCUGCGCCGUCGACUGUCGAGUCCACACAUACGUCUCGUGCCGACGCAGACGCUGAGGAACUCACACGGUUCACGACAGACUUAGAGUCGGCCAUUCGCGACUUGAUUCGAGAGUACCAUGACGUCUUUCCCCCGUAUUUCUCAUACAGCGGGAUUCCCCCGAUGCACGGUGUUGAGCAUUCCAUCCAGCUUGUGCCUGACUAUCUUGUUCACCAUCAGGCAUCAUACCCACUCUCGAUCCCAGAGGCGACGGAACUCAAGCGUCAGCUUGAGGAACUCCUUCGACUGGGUUUCAUUAAACCCAAGGAUCAGCCGAAGACCGCCUUCCGGUCGCGCUUCGGCCACUACGAGUUCACAGUGAUGCCAUUCAGCCUCACCAAUGCACCCGCCACCUUCCAGACGGCGAUAAACGACAUCUUCACGGACAUCCUUGAAGAAUACGUUCUCGUAUACUUGGACGACAUCCUGGUCUACAGUCGUACCUUAGAAGACCAUCUCAGACACCUCCGCGAUGUCCUACAACGCUUACGUAAGCAUGACUUUUAUGCCAAGCUCAACAAGUGCCGCUUUGCCCAACGCAAAGUGGACUUCCUAGGACACCAUGUGUCUGACCAGGGUCUCCACAUGGACGACGCGAAGAUCACUGCUACUGUAGACGCUCGUGAGGUCGCCGACAUCGUUUUCGACCGAGUCGUGAGAGAUCACGGCUUACCUCAGAGCAUCAUCUCCGACCGUGACCCGCGCUUUACCAGCACAUUCUGGCGACGCCUACACGAGGUGUACGGAUCCCAGCUCCGCUUCUCAUCGUCUUACCACCCUCAGACGGAUGGUCAGACUGAGGUCACCAACAAAACUCUCGGUAAUAUCCUCCGAAAGUUUGUUAGGGAUGACCAACAGUGGGACUUACACUUAGCCCACACGGAGAUUGCGUACAACCACGCUGUUUCGCCAGCCAUGUGGAUGUCGCCAUUCUAUUGUGACCUCGGCUACCAUCCUCGCGUACCCGCGGAUUUCCUACGACCAUCGCGGUUGCGCCCAGACACUCGUUGCCCUGCGCUUGACGACUGGAUCGCCCACAUGGCGGCGAUUAUGAAGCGCGCACACGAGAGUUUAGCCGACUCCCAGACUCGCAUGGCCGCACGAGCGAACCGAUCACGAAUGGAUCAUCCAUUCAAAGUCGGUGACGAUGUGCUCGUCGACGCACGCCACUUACAACUCGAAGCAGAUACGCUUCGCAAGUUCAGGCGUCGUUUCGUCGGUCCAUGCCGCAUCCUUCAGGCCGUCGGUUCUGAUACUGCCGCUAGUCCGGUCAGCUUCCGUGUGAAGCUACCUGAUUACCUUCGUCAGGCUCGCGUACACGAUGUUUACCACGUCUCCUUGCUGCGUCCUUAUCGCAGACUGUCCGAGCGCUUCGCCGGAUGCCCUUAUGAGCGCCCUCCACCUCACAUGGUGGACGGUCAAGAGGAGUUCGUUGUUUCCAACAUCGUAUCACGCCGAGUUACCGACGAUACCCCUCCACGCAUCGAGUACCUUGUGCAUUGGAAGGGCUACCCGGAUGAGGAGGCUACUUGGGAGCCCCUCGAGCACUUGCAGCACGUUAGGAUGUUGGUGCGUGCAUACGAUCGUGCUCGUCGUGCUGAGACAUCUGCUUCUACUCAGCUGACUGACCCUCUUCCUCCUCCUCCGGCUGAGGAGAUUGCUGAGGACGAGCCCGCUCCCUCUGAGGCCGUUCCUCAGCCGCAGACGGUCGCCUCAUCCACAACGCACUCAUCGUCGCCGUUCGCGUUACGAUGACUGACACUUUUAUCCUCUAUCUUUCCCCACUAACUCACACCAUCAGGUACUCCAUCAUCAUCUCUUCUUCAGGAUGUCGGCGUUUUGCGGCUCUGCUUCGACAUCG